AUGAGCGGGCUUGUCAGCUACGAAAGCAGCAGCGAUGAAGAACAGCCAUCCCCUCCAAAAGCUGAAGCCAUUGCGCUCUCCAAGGGAAAACCAGCCGAUUUAACAGUACCUACUGAUGGCGUUGCUAGCAGCAGUAUCAACAAAGAUUUUCCAACCACAGAGCCAGGAGAGGGGACAGAUGGAACUACGAGCGUUGGCAAUGGGCCAAUGCUGGGUCCAGCCAUGCCAGAUCAAAUGCGCAACAACGACGAGAUUAUCGAGCAGCAAGAUUCGCCUGCAAAAAUCUCUCAAAAUAUGUCUGGACGCGAAACUAUCCACCUUCUCACACAGGCAACAUGUCCAAUGACGGCCAUCCCGCCUUCACCCCCAGGUUCUCCUGAUCCUGCAUUGGACGCAAAAUUCAAGCGUUUUUUGGAGCUCAAGGCUGAAGGGGUGCAUUUCAACGAAGACUUGGCGAAUAGGUCUACCUUUCGCAAUCCCGGGUUGCUGGCUACGAUGAUGGCUCGAGCAGGGCUGGAGGGAGACGACCAGUACAGAACUUCUUUGCCACGGGAGUUCUGGGAUCCUUUAGGCUUUCCUUCGUUUGCCUACAAGGAGGAACUACUCCAAAGUCAGCAAACUCUACGCGAGCAGGACGCAGCCUCCAAGAAAAGCCUGGCAGCUGCGGGAAAGAGAACGAUUCAGUUCAGCUCAGGCGGAAAGUCUGGGGCUUCGAGCAGAGAGUCGACUCCGGGACUGGCCAACAAACGGAAACGACCUUAA